UGUGUGUGUGUGUGUGUGUGUCAGAGUUUAAGUUUCUGAAUUUUAGGCCAAGCUGUAGAAUUACAUAAGAGAAGAAGCGCUUAUUCAUUCGUUUUGCUGAUUGCUUGAAGGAUGGUGGGGCAUGAUGUGCCUGCCCAAACCUGCAGAAUAGUGUGAAGGAGAAACUUCAGGAUCUUCAGGAGUAGUCUGUCAUAAUGCCCCAUAAGUCAAGUUGUGUGGGGAGGUACCCUGCCCAUCCUGCCAGUAAAAAUGCCAAGGACAAAAGCAACGGUGCUUCCCUGCUGUCCAGAACAAAAGUUCACAUACAGCGGGUAAAGAAUGGACGGAACUACCGCUGUAGUUCUGAGAAAGACUCUGGUUAUUCAGAUGCUGGAUCUGAUUAUCAGCAGACAGAUGUAGACGAUCAGCACAGUACUGUGACUGAGUUGAAGGGCCGUAUACCUAGGAGUACAGCAGAUCAGAGAAACCAUAUUCUGGUCUCUGGACAAGCAGAGUUCACUCCCAUGUUUAUCAUAAAAAAUGUGGUGUUAAAACAGCCGGGACAGUCAGCACAGGAUCAGGUCCUCCAGUCUUUGUGGGAAUCAGAGGGCACUAAUGCUCAAAGUAAUCUUCUGUUUCUGCAGCAGCCUAGCAUCACUGUCUCUCCACUCCGUGUUCUUACACCACAGCUUCGAAGAGCUGAGAGCAAGAACAAAAAGGGCAAAAGCACAUACCUCCCCAUCCUAAACUCGUAUCCCAGAAUUGCUCCUAAUCUAAACAAAAAAAAACCGGAGAAACCCACCUCCAUCAGGGAGGGCAGUUCAGAAGAGCACAGUCUGAGUAAGAGAGUGUGCACUGAAGAAAUAAAGGAGAAAGUACCCAUAUCCACACACAUGUCCAAGAAAAAUACAAACAAGCAGCUGGAGAGCCAUUCCCUGUCUCACACUCAUUCUUUCUUAGAUUCGCUUUCUUCCAGUGGAGACAUGGAACAGAGGAGUUCAUGCCUCUCUGCUCCAGAACUAAAAAUCCUGGGCACGUCAGCCUUCACAAGUCUUGGUUCAUCAUCUGUUUCAAGUUCAAAAACUUCCACUUCGUCUUUUUCAUUUUCAUCUUCUUGUUCUGAACCUGUAGGACGGUUGCUCCCCACCAGUAAGAUGAGCCCUUCUGGAGGCUCAGUCUCAGAUCAAACUACUGGGUUGACUCGGCACCGCCGCUUCCUUAACACAGUAGAGAUACUGAGCCAAUCAGGACUCCUGGACAUUACAUUAAGAACACAAGAGCUGCUCCGCCAGAAUGCUGCCACAGAGCAAAACAUUGCUCAGCUGCGCCAUCAUACACAUCUGCUGUGUCACGCUGUUCAUGCAGGUUCCAACAUGCCAGCUUUGGAGAAUAUACACAGAGUCAUGGUCGAGUCUGGUUGCUAUCCAAAUCUUCGGAGCUUGCUUAUCAAGGGCAGUGAUGGUGAUGACCUGAAGGCUGACAGCAGCUCCAGAAUUGAUGCCAUGAUCACUUACAGAUGUGGGUUCAAUGAGUAUGGAGAAGUUCCUCCACCCUGCCACCUUUACACCACCCAGCAAGUCAGGGAAGACAAAGAUAUUCCAUCAUUAGAUCCUCAGGACUCAACAUUUGGCAUGGAAUGGUUAAUGCCCCAUGGGAUGCAACUUCCUCAAAAAACGUUUCUUGUGCCUCCAGACAGCACAGCUUGUGCAGUGGCUGCUGUAGAUACUUAAACAGAGUAGCAGUCAGUCACUGAGUCAAGUAGUGUACACCCAUCAAUUGCUUGCUUGAGCCAGUGUAUGCUGGCCUUCACUGCAAAGAAACUUUUUGGCUGGCAUUCUCAGACAUGGCUUUGUUAAUGAACUAGCCAUGACUGGCCAUUUCUUUUGUGUGUGUUUUCACUAGGGUUGUGUAUCGUUUGGGUUUUUUAUGAUACUUGUGUCAAAUCGAUACUUUAAUCCUGUUUUUUUUUUGUGUGUGUAAAUGGUAGCGGUGC